UUUAUAAACAGCAGGAUGAUCUGCGCUGCUUUCUGGCUCGUCUCCGCAGUCAUCUCUCUGCAGAAGGGGAAAAAGGAAAUAGUGUUGAAGCUUAUGAAUACACUCAGCCAAAGAUAGAAAAAGAGAGGAUUGCUGGGUGCAGAGACAUUCAGCGGUCCUCCUGCUUCCUACCGCACUCUGCAGGAGAUCUGCUGACCGCCGGCCCUGGGCCAAGCUCCUAACUUCUCUCUUUCUUAGGAUUUCGGAACAAGUGUGGGCUUCUCGCACCCCCCGAAGCUUCACGUUCAUGGACAUUUAUGCUGAGUAAGUUUUCCACAGAGAAACUACUAGAGAAAAGUUAACGGCCUGUCUGCUCGCUGCAGCUUUCUGCUGACACAGCCCAGGGCAGAAAGAAAAAUGUUCACUUUUUGUAAAUGCUAAGGAGGCCUGGAGAAUCAAUAACUGCCUCAAGAUUUAUCCCCUCUCUUCUGAGGAUGUGAUGAUUUAAUGACUAGCGGCUUAUCUUGUUAGAGGGGCAGAUCAUUUUGCAUCAGCGGCUUGUAAUAUCAUUACUAGAAAACAGCUCAGAGGGCUGUAGUAAUUAUAGUAAUCACCCAGACCUAAGAUGUAGCAGAGCUGAACGUUUAGGUUUCUGUAUCUUGAUUUAUGUUAAGACAAACCAGAGACAGCGUGAUUCUUAAUGCAAUUUUUCAACAUUUUUCUGGCGUAAUCGACUACAGACCCAUUUUAUGGAUCAAUUUAUCAGCAAAUUAAUGUUUUGUCCAAUGUUUUUGGCCUAAUUUCCAGGAACGUCUUCAGAUUUAAGGCCCUAUCUUCCAGGAAUCAAUAGUCUGAGCAUUGAUAACUGCAAUAGAAUCAAUAGAUUUCCAUCAUGGAAUAGGGUUCCUGAAUUCAUCUUCUUCAACCUGUUCCGAGAUUACAGUAUAGUCUGGGAUCCUAGAGCGGAGUUAUCUGGUAUAUAGUGUAUGUCAGCUACUCCUCGGAGCUGCUGGUAAGUGGUAACAAGAAUCAAUCUGCAGGGUUUUAAGAAGUCGCUGCUUUCAAGUAAUUAAUAUGACAGUGCUCAGCUAUGGGAUUCCUGACAAGUUUUUACUCUAAUGAAGCAGAAAUCAACCUGCCGCCUGGAUUGGUUUGGCUGAGGCUGAAUCCUGCCCCUCCAGCAAUGUGUCACAUCGACUUGUAUUGAUCACCGUACAGAGGAGUUCUCUUUAUUCGGUGCUGGGGAUAGUGGGCACACUGCUCUCCAGAUCACGGUCAAUCCAGGGAUUCCCAGAGGAUGAGCUGCCCACACCGCACAUCUGGAGGCUCUGAAGAUCACUGCUCUCCACCUGCUUCUUCUGGACACCUUCUACACACAAGCCUCUGUGAAAGUGGCCGAUAACAUGAUGGAUCUUGUCAAAGCUCUUGUCACUAUUGUCUUAGUCUACUUCCACUCCUGUCGAGGAACAAGGCUGCAGAGCGGGCAAAUUAUCUGCAAGCAAGGGACACAGAAGCCAUGCUAUAAAAUAAUUUACUUCCAUGAUACCUCAAGAAGGUUGUCCUUCCAGGAAGCACAGGACGAAUGUAAGCGGGAUGGUGGUCACCUGAUAACAAUAAAGACUGAAGCAGAGCAGAAAUUCAUCCAGAAGCUGAUCCAGAGUCUCACAGGUUCUGACGGGGACUUCUGGCUCGGCCUCCGGAGAACUGAAGAUGAAUCACCAAAUUCCAGUGACUGUCAGAAUCUAUACUCAUGGGUUGAUGGGACCAAACCAACAUUUUGGAACUGGUACGUGGACGAACCCUCGUGUGGCAGUGAGGUGUGCGUAGUCAUGUACUACCAGCCAUUAGCUCCUCCUGGUGUUGGUGGACGGUACAUGUUCCAAUGGAAUGAUGACCGAUGCAACAUGAAGAACAAUUUCAUAUGCAAAUAUUCAGAAGUGGUGAAACCAACACACCCCCCAACUCGAAAUGGGUCAAAUGCUGAUGUUGAACCAGUUGCAACCCGACCACCAGAUGUUUCCAUAAAGAAUGUCAAUCAGACAGCCAAAGAGGCUGAAGAGUCUAAUUUACAUUUCAUCCUUAUUGCAACCAUCCCGGUGCUGACGCUGCUGCUGAUAUUUAUCGGAGUAUUGUGUUGCUGCAUCAUAGAAUGGAGGAAACAACAACGAAGUGAAGUAUCGGUGAAAGAGCCCAGCUUCUGGUUAUCUCAAAACCGGCGGAAUAGCCCAAACCUGGAAAUAUACAAUGUCAUUAAGAGGCAGACGGACGCGGACCUAGCAGGCACAAGACCAGAUAUCCAAAACACGUCCUUCCGAGGCCGCGCCGGAGAAACAUCGCCUCCUGACAACCUCUCUGGAGAAUAUGAUAAUAUUGGAGGACAUCAUUCAGAGAGUGGAUUUGUGACCCUAGCCAGCACAGAAAGUGGCUUUGUCACUAAUGAACUUUAUGAGCUCUGUCACGACAGGUAUGGCAGAAGCACAGAGUCAGGCUGGGUAGAGAACGAAAUCUACGGUUAUUAAAUAAUAAAAAACAAUGGACUAAUGAAAUGCUAUUUGUAAGGACGUUUUCCAUACAAAUAACAUUAAGAUGACACAAUAAAUACAUGACACUAAUGAAUUGUGCAAUGUAAAAUUGACUCUCAUUGAGAAAUCCUUGAAGAAAAAGCAAAAUAAGAACAAUAAUGAUACUGCUUUAUUUUCUAAGCUAGAUAUCCAGACCGCAGUUACUCAUGUUACCACAAGAUGGCGAAAAGAAACAAAAAACAUCCUUUCAUUUUUUAUUUUUCUUGCAAGCUGCAGGUUUUCAUUGACAUUUGUUUUGCAUGUUUUUUCCCUUGGUGAGCUGAUUUUUACAAACUACCUCAUAUUAAAUCCACAGACAAAGCAAAAUCGCUUCAGCUCAGCCAUAUUUCAGCUCUUCUGGUUAAUACAGACAAUACAGACUAUUGUAUCCAUAAUCUUCCAUAUGAUGAAAACAUAAAUGUGCAUUUUCAUAAAGAUCUGAUGAUCUACGCCUGUUUACCAGAUGGUAAAAAUUGAAUAUAUCAUGUAAGAGAUAUACUCAUUCUAGCCGCGCAGAUCUUCUGUGACACGUCAUACAUAUGAUGCAUUGUGUAAACUGUCCUCUAUGCAGUAAAUCCACUUCUGG